AUGAGUGUAUCAUCGAGACCGAAGAGUUCUAACAGCGAGCAUUCCUUUCUGAGGAGGCUUGGGCUAAAGAGACACAAGUCUGCAGACAAUAAGGACAAAGAGGAGAAACUGAAACGAUCUUCUUUAUCCAUGAGGAUGUCAGGUUCUGGUAAGAACGAAAUUGCUAAGAGAAGGAUAGUAACGACACAACCCAAGACUGGGGCUCAUUCCCAAAUUGAUACUCAAUUGGAAUUACCCGAGAUCGUCUCUGUGAGAAGUCGAAAGAGUAAUAAGAGUAAUCGAAGUAGUAGGAGUAGCUGGCAAGAUAUAAACAUUAUUGCUAAGCCGAGGAGGUCUUUGCAAAACUCGACAGCUGGUAUGAAGAGGGUUAAUACUACCCAGGGCAUGUUUAAUAUCCCCGUACCAAUCGAUACUUUGAAGGAUAAGACUACAGAAAGUUUGAAUAGAACUGCAAAAAUUAUUAAUAACCCUGAGACGUCAUCAUUUAAGAAACAAUUCAUGAAUAGUUUGGAACAGCCUACUACAGAACCUCAUUUGGGGAACAUUGAUGACAUAGAAAAUGGUGAGAACAAUACUUCCAGUAUAUUGGGAACAAUAUUUUCCAUGGCGCAUAAUGUCGUGUCACAUGUACCAAUGUUAUCAUCUACAGAACAUCUACUCACUGGUUCUAACCAUAAUUUGAGAAAACCAGGGGCAACACCCAGUACAAGAAAUAUUGAUGAUGAUCAGUCUAAUAGGACUAUGGGCUCUUCAAACGCUAAUAAUGCUAAUGAUAAUAACAAUAAUACAGUGGUACAUUCACCCCCAGGAGCGGUAAAUAGAAGUACAUCAUUCUUAAGGCAUCUGGAUACUUUGCUAUCACCAGCUUCAGACUCCAAGGUAGAUUCAGAACCUUCUAAGACUCCCAACAUUCAAGAAGGUACACCUAUGCCGUCAAAUACAAAUUAUUCCGAUGAUAGAUUGAAAAAAGGCAUUACAGAAGACUUUGCCGAUGAAGAUGACAUUAGAUCACAAGCAGGAAAAGUUAAAUUUGAACCCCUUCACACGGUUCAACCGGCAAUUUCCACCUUUGGUAAGGGAAAUUUGACCUUAGAUGCUUUUUCCGGUCCUGUGCCCACGUUAGAGGAUGAACAUGAAGAUGAACAAGAAUAUAAUGCUCUUAGAACAAUUGGAAGUAAUAAUAUUACAAUUGAUAGUCGAACCAAACCUACCCAAACACUUCAAGAAAAUGCACGCAAUAGUAGUUAUAUUGACUUAGCACACCAUGGGGUUCAAGAAAUUCAACAACAGCAACAAAUUCUUGAUUCUAGAGCAAGAAGCCGCACUGUUCCAGCCAAUGAAACAUUACGUUUACAAGAUGCAGCAAAAAAUAUCAAGAGAAAUUCAAGAUAUUCCACCCUAUCAAACGAUGAAAUUCCAAAUAAUGCAGAUGAUGAACGUAAACCAAGAAGUAUGUCUAAAAAUUUCCUAAAUAGAAGAUCAUUUUCACCAGCACAUAUUGGUAUGAAAGUUAUUCCAAGUAUCGCGUUGAGAAAUUCGGUGACAAGACCGAGAAAUAGUACUGAAGUUACUGAUCCGCAACGUACUCGUUCAAGUACAAAUAUGUCUCUUAUUAUACUACAAAAUGGGUCCCGAAAAUUCCAACUUCGGGGUAUAAAAUAUAGCACAGAAAAGAAAAACUUAGAAUUCCAAAAUUUGUUUAGGGAUGCUGGCAUUAGUCCAACUGAAAGAUUGAUUGUGGAUCACAGUUGUGCUCUAUCUCGUGAUAUAUUACUACAGGGGAGAAUGUACAUUUCAGACCAACAUAUUUGUUUUUAUUCCAAUAUCUUGGGGUGGGUUAGCACUAUCAUCAUUGCAUUUAAAGAAAUUGUUCAAAUUGAAAAGAAAACAACAGCAGGCAUUUUCCCAAAUGGUAUUGUCAUAGAUACCUUGCAUACUAAGUAUAUAUUUGCAUCGUUUAUUACCAGAGAUGCUACUUUUGAUUUAAUAACAGAUGUUUGGAAUCAACUAAUCCUUGGUAGAAGAAACAUAAAGAGCACUGGGGAUAUAAAUGAUGACGAAUUAGGCUCUACUUACAUGUCAGAUUUAGACUCUACCGACUUAAGUGACAUUUAUGACGACGAAGAUGAUGACGAUUUAAACGGUACAGAUUUAACUUCUAGUGAAGGUAUGGAUGAUGAUGAGUUUGGAGAAUUUCAAACUUCCAAAAUUCGCAAAAGAAAUGCAACAAUGUCCACAACUCCAAUGAAACAUGCUCCAACUACAGUAGAUUAUACUCCGGCAAGUAAUGAAAGAUUGAUGACUGAAACUGUUUUUGAUGCUCCUCUGGGUAGAGUAGUGGAUAUACUGUUUGGCCCUGAUUCAUCUUAUUUGAACCGAAUCAUUGAAGCUCAAAAGAAUUAUGAUAUUUCCCCCAUUCCAAACCUAUUGGAUUCUAAAUCUCGUGAAUAUCAAUAUGUUAAGCCAAUAUCAUUUAGUGUUGGUCCAAAACAGACGAGGUGCUUAAUUUCAGACACUUUGGAUCAUUAUGAUUUGAACGAUUAUGUAAAAGUCACUUCUUAUUCAAGGACACCGGAUGUCCCCUCGGGUAAUUCCUUCUCUGUAAAGAGUGUUUAUCUUUUCACGUGGGAUAAAAACGAUACUUCGAAGUUAAUGGUGUACUUAUCUGUGGAAUGGAAUAGCAAGAGUUGGUUGAAAGGACCUAUAGAGAAAGGUACAUUUGAUGGGGUAGCAGAAACUACCAGUGUUAUGGUUCAUGAAGUUACUAAAAUCUUGGCCCAGGAAGAAAAGACUACUACUAAAGAAAGGAAAAAGAAGGAACCACAAGAAGAAAUGUCCAGCUUACCAUCAUUUGGACCUGCAACUCAUGCUCCAACUGAACCAGAUUAUACUAAAACAAAGGAUGAAACCAUCAUUGAAAAAUCUGUCAACAUCAAAGUACCAGUGGGUACCGUAUUUCAGAUAUUAUACGGUGAUGAUACUUCGUAUACGAAGAAAAUAAUAGAAAAGCAAAACAAUUAUAAUCUAUCAAAGAUUCCAAAAUUUUCUGACAAUAGUAGAGAGUUUAGCUAUAUCAAGAAACUGUCGAAUUCUUUAGGCCCAAAGGAAACAAAAUGUCUAAUUACUGAAAAGAUAGAACAUAUGGACAUUGAAAAAUAUAUAAUGGUAAGACAGAUUGUGAAAUCACCAGAUGUGCCCUACGGUUCGAUAUUUGCCGUUCACACUAAAUUUUACUUAUCCUGGGGUGAAAAUAACUCUACUAAUUUAUUAGUUGUGACAAACGUUGUGUGGUCUGGUAAAACAAUUCUGAAGGGUACUAUCGAGAAAGCAUCGAUCGAGGGCCAAAAGGCUUCCACUACUGCUAUGGUUUCGGAUAUCAACGAGAUCAUUAGUAAUGCCAGCUCAUCAAGAAGGAAAUCAAAAAAGAGGUCAAAGACUACUGUGGAGAAAGAGACUACCGUGAAAGAGAGCCCGACGCAAACUGUGGCGGAAUCAUCAACCCAAGGAAACAUAUUUUCCUCUAUUAUGGGGUCAUUUGACGUAAAUUCUAUUCAAGGUAUUUUGAAACUUCUGUUUGGCCUAUUUAUGUUUGUUACAUUUUUCCGUUAUAUUUUUGAUAAGAGAUCGACCAACAAUAUUGAAAUAGUUAGACCAGGUAGAAUUAUCAUAGACGGUGCCGAAUAUAGCUAUGUCCCGAACUUCAAAACACUUUAUCAAGUUUACGAAGAUGAUGUUAGGGGUAGCAGAGGCCGUCCUAAAAUAUAUGGUCAGAAUAUUGUGACAGAUACUGAAAGUCAAAUUUGGGAAUGGUUAAACAGUAGAGGAGAAAAGUCGUAUCAUAACGUCCCACCAGAGACUGGCAAGAAUAAUAAAAAAUUGGCUAAAAAGGAAAUGCAUAAACUUCAACAACUAAAGGAAUCCAUCGAUAUAACGGAGCAAAAACUUGAAGAAAUGAAGGAAAUGCUGAAAAGGAUUGAUUAUAGUCGCGAAACGGAAGAUUAA